AUGGACUGGGACAAAUUCCAGCGCCGGGUUAGGCAAGUGGUUCCCGAACAGGAGCUCAAAGCACGCCGAUGCUGGAUUGCUGUACUCGAUCAUCGCAAGUCCAACAACGACAGCUUUGAGGAAGCUGAUUUCAUAUGGAUGAUCGGCCACAGUAAAAUUUCGAUGCAAAAGAUACGGGAAACAUACGAAGAGAAACACGGAUUUGCAGACGUUCAACUCAGUUUCAAAGGUCGCGCAGUCGAUCAAAACGACACUAUCAAGUCUCUCUUGCUGCCGGGUGACGACCUGGUAGUCUUCGUUGCUAUAGAUCCGAUGAACGCAACGAUGCAGCAUCAGAAUUGCGAACCGACGUUGCUCGAGGAACAGCCAACGGAACCCGGUGUCGCAAUACACGACACUGCGACUAGUGGUCACAUCACAGAAACAACAAACGGUCAUGCCGGUCUCGGAACAACGGGAAGAGACCUACUACCUGAGACUGCCACGACUUCCCUCAGCCCGUCCCAAGGCGCAUUAGGUCUUUCGACAUCGCCUCCUAGAUCAGUCCUUUCUCCAUCGUUGACACCAAAUCAUGCCAGUGCAUUGAGUAGCGUCCCGCCUGUGGAAGACCUGGCCAGGCACCCGUCAUGGUACCAAUCACGAAUUUCUGCUCCGCAACCUGUCCAGGAAGAGCUGCCUUUGCUAUCACAGCGGUUUAACGGCAUAUCAAACACACCGCAGCUUUCAGCAAAUGCAUUCCGCGAGACAAACUCGCUGGAAACUAUUGCUGCAGGCAUGGACAGCGGAACACCUACUGUCAAGAUUGAGCAUUCAACGGCAAUGAGUGACAACGCUCACAUUCAGAAAGAAAGACAAUCUUCUGCUUCUUUUCGGAAUACAUUAGUUCUUCAAAAUGGAAGUGUUGAGCCAGAGAAUAGCUUUGAACCUAGCAAACUAUUCAAAAGGGAGGUCUCCCCAGGAUCGAGUAGUAGAGAAGAAUUAGGUUCUAUCGAUCGUUCCCUUCGCUCAGUCAUCGAACUCCAGAAUCCUGACGCCCUGGAGGCUGGUGUCUCCAUAUCCCUCAAGAUCCUGGCGCAACUAAAUGAGAACUUCUCUCGAUACUCAACCUCUAGCGCAGAGGCUACUUCGUGGGUACAAGCUAUUGAGAAUGUUCUUCCUCAGUCGGAGCGAAAGCGCACUGUGGUCGGUGUGGUAGGUAAUACAGGAGCUGGAAAAAGCAGUGUCAUCAACGCUAUGCUUGACGAAGAGCGUCUUGUCCCGACGAAUUGUAUGCGCGCUUGCACUGCAGUGGUAACUGAAAUGUCGUGGAACAACAGCAACGACCCAUCAUUCAAGUACCGAGCCGAGAUCGAGUUCAUCAGCCGGGCGGAAUGGGAGAAGGAACUUACGGUUCUCUUGCGCGAGUUUCUAUCCGAGAAGGGUACACUUUCGCGUGAAGCGCAAGAUCCCAAUUCCGAUGCUGGCAUAGCAUGGGCGAAGUUUCAUUCUGUCUAUCCCUCGAUUUCCAAGGAUGCUUUGGGCGCGUGCGAUGUCCCUUCGCUGAUGUCCGAGCGAGCUAUUGUCGAGGUACUCGGGACGACGAAGAAGAUCCACGCAGCCGGAUCGCAAAACUUCUACCAGAAACUCCAGGGUUAUGUUGACAGCAAAGAGAAGAUUUCCAAGAAAGACAAGAGCAAGGAAAAGGCAUCCAAGUCAGCUAUUCAGAUGGAGUAUUGGCCGUUGAUCAAGGUCGUGAAGAUCUAUACGAAGAGCGGUGCCCUAUCAACAGGCGCCGUAAUUGUGGAUCUACCAGGUGUCCAUGACAGCAACGCUGCAAGAGCUGCUGUUGCUCAGAGAUAUAUGAAGCAAUGCACUGGCCUAUGGAUUGUUGCCCCUAUCAAUCGGGCCGUCGACGACAAGGCUGCCAAGACCCUUCUCGGAGACUCAUUCAAACGACAGCUUAAAUAUGAUGGCGGCAUUUCGAGCAUUACAUUCAUAUGUUCCAAAACUGACGACAUUUCUAUUACUGAGGCAAUUGACAGUCUCGGACUCGGGGAACAAGCCACAGAGUUUGAGGAACAACAAGACCAAUACAACGAGCAGAUUAAGCAGAUCCAGAGCAAGACUGCAGAUUACAUUGAAUCGCGAGAGGUCUAUAAGCUUGCAAUUACAAGUGCAAGCGAGGACAUUGAGCUCUGGGAAACACUACUAGAAGAAUUGGAGGAGGGGAACCCAGUGUUCACACCGCUGCCGAAGACCCACAAACGCAAUAGGGCUGACUCAAGCAAGCAACCACGCAAGAAGAAACGGGUUCUCGAUGACGAUAUAGAUGACCAUACAGAUGACCAUACAGAUGACCAUACAGACGACGGUAUUCAAGACACCGAUCACAAUGAGUCUGAGAGUGACGAUGAAGUGAUGUUCCAGGCCGAGAGAACACGUCUAUCCAAGGCUGACAUCAAGGAAAAGCUCAAAGAGUUAAGGGAAACGCAGAAGAACGCUAGACAUGAAGAGAGGCAGAUCAAGCGCUCUAUCGACGAGUUAGAGCCUCGAAUUCGUGAACUGGAAGCAAAAAAGGCUGAGAUCAAAGCAAGCAUUACUCGUAUCUGUAUUGCGGGCAGAAACCAUUACUCCAGGUCCGCUAUUCAGCGAGACUUCGCCACAGGCAUCAAGGAAAUCGACCAAGAAAACGCAGCCGAGGAAGACGAGGACAAUUUUGACCCUGAAGUAGAAAUGCGCGAUUACGACGAGGUUGCUAGGUCGCUUCCAGUCUUCUGUGUCAGUAGCAGAGCGUACCAGAAGAUGUGCGGUCGCAUGCAGAAAGAUGACGGAGUGCCAGGGUUCGUCGAUCCGCAAGACACGGAAGUUCCGCAGCUCCAAGCUCACUGUAGAAAGCUUACUGAAGGUGGGCGCAUUCAGACUAGUCGCGCGUUUUUGACGACCGUAUGCCAGAUGCUGAACACAUUCAGCCUCUGGACUUCGGAUGACGGAUCAGGCCUACAGAUGACAAGAGAAGAGACCCAAAAGCAGGUCAUUCACUUACAACAGAGGCUCAACGAGUUGACAAACGGAUUGGAGGCAGCAAUUCGUACUUGCGUCAGAGAGAUGCGAUCAGAGUUGCAGUCUCAAAUCUUUGACAAGCUUCCAGAGCUCAUCCAUGAAGCUAUACAUACUGCGCCAGCAACAGCAUAUGCUUGGGGUCACAAGGACCAAGGUGGUCUGAUGUAUUCAUCAUACAAGGCUGUUGUUCGACGCGACGGUGUUUUCCAGUCUGCAGCCGCCGGUCAUCGUGAUUUCAACGCUGAUCUUGUGAGUCCUAUCAAGAUAAAAUUGGCAACAGGCUGGGAACGAGCCUUCCAGGCGCGUCUCCCGAAAGUCGUUGACACGUACAUCAAAAACUCAAGCACGCUUCUAUAUGGGUUCCACGAAGCUAUCAAAGAGUACAUGAAAACCAAGGGUGUCACUUUGGCCAACCUCCCAAUCUUAGAGACACAAAUCAGCAACUUUGGACAGCUCUUCAAAGAUCUUGGAGGUGCCCUUCUUAUCCAAAUGACGGAGCUCCAGCGUGAAGCAAACCGCGAUUUCACACCCUGUAUCGCAAAAGUUAUGCAUUCCGCCUACAGCGCGUGCGCCGAUGAGUCUGGUUCAGGACAAUACAAGCGCAUGAAAGAGCAUAUGGCAAACUACGUUGAUCAAGAGCGACACAAGAUGUUUCGUGAAGUGCUCGAAACUGUGGUCAAGCAUCUCGACGACUUGUGCAAAGCGCUGCAAGAGUCCAUGGAGGCCAAAGCCGAUGAGAUCCUUGUUCUUAUGAACAGGGACUACACUCGGGUGUUGGGUGAUGUGAAUGGUAGCCAGCCCAUUUAUUUGCAGUCGAAGGAAGAUAGUGAGCUCAGAUCAAAGGUCAGAGAGAUCUUGGAGGGCGUCAGUGCGCAGUUCGAGCCCAUCGCCAAUGCGGACACUUCACGAGAUGAGGCUAUGAAGACGAAUGACGCGUGCAGUCAACGAGAAGAGCGCAGCAACUUCAAUGCGCAAGAAACCCGGAGUAUCUUCGAUUUUACUGAUGAAUCUGUUGAGGAUGCUGUCGAUGGAGCAGAUUCAACGAACACCCAGCCAUCUGCUAAGAAGCAGAAGGACGACACGGGCACGAAGCAUGCUAAUCUACGUGCCACAGUUGAGGACAUUGAUGAUGAGACGUAG